CAGAAAUGCUCAUAAGCGUCUCAGAGAGUCUCAGAGUAUCUUGGGGAAGAAGGACAUUUACAAUUUGGACUGUUGAAAACUUUGCUUGGACAUUCUUAGGACAAGGUCCGCUGUGGAGUAAUUCGUUCUACUAAAGAUCAACCCAUCAGGAUGCGACUGGCGGCGGCACAGUACACGGUCACCAGGCCCCUGUACUCUGAGGAUGCUUUUGAUAAAGAUCAUGACAAGAUCUACAGGCAGCAUAAGACCGUGCGGGACCACGUGAAAGCAUAUUUCACCUGUAAUUCUAAGCGAGCAAAGAAUGCCGCUCUUUCUCUGUUUCCUAUUAUUGGAUGGAUGAGAAUCUAUCGCAUCAAAGAGUGGCUUCUGAGUGACGUGGUGUCUGGAGUCAGCACUGGACUGGUCGCCGUUCUACAAGGUCUGGCCUACAGCCUGUUGGCGUCCCUUCCUCCUUGGUAUGGACUGUUUGCAGCCUUCUUCCCUGUGAUCACUUAUUUCUUCCUUGGGACCUCCAGACACAUUUCAGUGGGUGCUUUCCCUGUUCUGAGUCUGAUGGUGGGUGCAGUAGUGACUCGACUGGUCCCGGAUCAUGGGCCUCCGGUCAACAUCACAGGCUUAGAGGGGCUGACCAUGGAUCAGCAGAGGGUUGUGGUGGCUGCUUCUGCCACGUUCCUCAUGGGAAUAUUUCAGCUGGCCAUGGGGGUGUUCCAGGUGGGAUUCAUUGUGAUGUACCUGUCAGACACGCUGGUUUCUGGGUUCACCACAGCGGCUGCAAUCCACAUCCUGGUGUCACAGCUGAAGUUUGUGUUUGGCCUCGUAGUACCGGGCCUGAGUGGACCUCUUGCCAUAAUCUAUACUCUCGAAAAGGUAUUUGUGCAAAUCACGGACACCAACCUUGCUGACCUGGCGACGGCCAUCAUUGUCAUGGUGGUGGUGUUCAUUGUAAAGGAACUCAACGACAGGUACAAGGCCAAACUCCCUGUGCCCAUCCCCAUAGAGGUCAUUAUGACGGUUAUAGCCUGCGGUGUUUCUUAUGCAUUCAACUUCAAAGAAAAAUACAAAGUAGAUGUUGUGGGAAAAAUACCACAGGGAUUUGAGCCCCCCAUGGCCCCCAAUGUGGAGGUCUUCCAGCAGACUGCAGUGGAGGCCUUUCCCAUGGCUAUCGUAGGCUUUGCUGUGGCUUUCUCUGUUGCGAAGGUCUACUCCAUCAAACACGACUACAUCAUCGACGGCAAUCAGGAGCUCAUUGCUUUCGGCGUGAGCAACAUCUUUGGAGCGGCCUUCAAGUCGUUUGCGGCGAGCACCGCUCUCUCCAGGAGUGCUGUGCAGGAAAGCACAGGAGGCAAAACCCAGGUUGCCGGACUGCUCUCAGCGAUCAUAGUGAUGAUUGUCAUUUUGGCCAUUGGAUUCCUGCUAGAACCACUGCCAAAGUCAGUGCUGGGGGCAGUUGUGAUUAUCAAUCUCAAGGGGAUGCUGAUGCAGGUUCGAGAGAUCCCUUACCUGUGGAGAAAGGACCGGCCUGACUGCGUGGUGUGGAUCGUGACCUGCCUCGCCUCCAUCCUGUUGGGCCUGGACCUGGGUCUGGCUGUCGGGGUGGGGAUUGAGCUGAUCACUGUGGUCUUUAGGACUCAGUUCCCCCGGUGUUCUGUUUUGGCCAACAUCAGAGGCACGGACAUCUACAAGGACCGCAAGGACUAUCUCUGCAUCUAUGAACCCGAAGGUGUGAAGAUCUUCAGAAUACCUUCACCCAUCUUCUUUGCCAACAUCGAGUUCUUCCGAGGAAAACUGAUUGAAUCUGUCGGAUUUAACCCCCUGCGAGUUUUGCGGAAGAGGAACAAGGCCCUGCGGAAGAUCAAGAAGCUCCUGAAGAGCGGGGAGCUGCAGAUGACAGACAAAGGACUGCUGCACACGGGCUCGGCUCCUAUCGAGGAGUCCGAGGAUGAGAGCAACGUGGAGGGCCUGGAUCAGCCCACGGACUUCCAGAACCUUCCCGUCCAGAUCAACUGGAAUGCAGAACUUCCCGCCAACAUCUGUGUCCCCAAGGUCGACGUCCACAGCGUGAUCCUGGACUUUGCGGCUGUCUCGUUCCUUGACAUCUCGGCGCUGAAAGGCCUCAAAACGGCAUUGAAAGAAUUUAUCAGAGUGGAUGUGGAGAUCUACAUUGUUGCAUGUGAUGUGUACAUCCUGGAGAAGCUGCACAGCUGCAAGUUCUUCGAUGACGAGAUCAAGACGUCCAUCUUCUUCCUGACUCUCCAUGACGCCAUGCUGCAUAUUCUAGAGAAACACCCAGACCAAUCAGAGGGCGAAGACACAAACACAAAGAUUGUUCCUUACAAUUUCCAUGGCAACCAGAGCAAUGGUAGGGGAAUACUGCGGAUCAGGGAGGUCCCAGACACAGAAACCAAGUUCUAGACUGGACAACACUCACUUCCUGUGGCCCAUAAACAGAAGGGUGCCACUUCCUGCAUCCCCCCUUGACUGAACAUGUUUCUGAAAAAGAGAAAAUGAAGAAAACAUUGCCACAUGGUGGCGUCUGGACAGAACACAGAUUCAAAUUAGAUUCAGAUUCAAAGGCAGGUUAUUACUUUAAGUAAUAAAUCUUUAUAUCACACACCUUUCUCUUUAAGAUAUGUUGUAUAAUAAAGGUAUAUAUUUGUGUCUGUGAUAUACUAAUUAGUAAAAGAUAUUUAUUUUUUAAUUACAUCAGGACAUGUAUUUA